UUUGUGGAGACCAUCAGCAGUAAGCAGACUGAGCUGGACACUUUUAUUGCAGAGGGUUACAAGACAGCCUUGUCUGAGGAGCGUCGCAGGUACUGCUUCCUGGUGGACCGCCAAUGUGCCGUGGCCAAGAACAACAGCGCCUAUCACGGCAAGGGUAAAGACCUUCUGACCCAGAAGAUCCCAGUGUGGCAACAGGCUUGCUCAGACCCUAACAAGCUGCCAGAGAGGGCCAUGCUCCUGGCCCAGCAGAUGGGCUCUGCCGCCCUCGGUGGCACGAGCCCCCUGCAUACCUCCAAAUCCAACUUGGUCAUCUCAGACCCUAUCCCCGGGGCCCAGCCUCUUCCUGUGCCCCCAGAGCUGGCUGUUUUCAUGGGCAGUGGCAUGGGACACCCAGCAGUGAGUUUGUUUUCUGUUUCUAUUUAUUUUUUAUUUGUCCUCUCUUCAUAAGGCAAAGCGGUUUUGGUAAAAGAAACUUUAAAGUUCCCAUAUUAUGCUGAUUUUCAGGUUCAUAUUUAGAUCUGGGGUUUCCAUUAGAACAUGUUUACAUGCUUUAAUGUUCAAAAAAUACUUGACUUUCCGUUUACAGUCUGUGCUGGAACACCUGUACUCACCCUCUGUCUGAAACGCUGCCUUUUAGCGCCUGUCUCUUUAAGCCCCCCCUCCCAAAAAAGCCCAGUCUGCUCUGAUUGGUCAUUGUUUCCAGGUCUUCCAAAUCUGUGCUUUCAGCUUCUCUGCACUGCCAUUUCAGCAAGGGAAUGACUGUAAAGUCACUGUAACAGCACGUUCUACCUUUAUGUAGUAGAGUUGUGACAUCACAACUUCACAGAAGUCCUGAUGGCUCGCUUAAAGGCACAGUUCCUGAAUACGGACUGCCUGCAUUUCUCUGUGAUACUUUCACAUGGGGCUGGGCGAUAUGGAGAAAAUCACAUAUCUCAAUAUUUUUUACCACAUCAUAAUGUCGAUAUUGCGACAGCAUUUGCACAAUGGGAUUUUUGAUAGAUCAUCAUUAGUAAUGCGGCUCUAUCACUUUACUUAAAUAUGGCCUUUAAAACCAGGAAGAGACAGCACUAAUGAUAUUACGAUAUCCAUAAUGUAUGUGGUAUCUAGUGUCAUAUCAAGAUAUCAGUAUAUUGCCCAGCCAUACUUUCACAGUGUUUUUAAAGCGCCUCUGCCUGUUUUAUAAUUUAAAAAAACAACACAUGGCAGUGGACUAAUUAAUAUACACAAAGAGAAUUUGGUUGGAAAUGUCUCAUUAGAUUCUUCAUCAGCCCAAAGCAGAAAGCACAUGCUACAGGAGAGGCUCCCAAGUGCUGGAAAUUGUGCAGGAGCCAGGAUGCAAAUCACUGGCAUCUAUCUUGGGAGUGUCCUGUAAUAAGACAGUUUCGGUCUGAGGUGCACAAAAUACUGGAGGGCAUUUUUAACAUAAAAAUACCUUUCCUAUUUAAAACUUUUAUUUAGGAAAAGCUGACUUGCAACCUGAGUACUUAAUUGAUGUUUUGAUAUCUGCUGGUAAGAAAGCCA